AGCUCGUCACGCGGGGCUCAGUGCGUUGUUUCUGCGCGCGUGUGUGUGUUUCUCAACACACAAUGUGAAGUGCAAACGGCAAGAAAAGUGAUUUUAAACACGGUAACAAGUACAUCGCGCACAGGCGCUGGGCGUUAUCAUAACUGAUAACAGCAAAAAGCACAACAGUGAAAACAGUUAACAGCGGUUAAAAAUAAAAAAACAGCAAACGUGUGUACGCCUGUGACAUCAGCAUCCCAUUUGCAAUUACCACAUACACAUACAAUAAAAGCUGGCUGCAUGAAAAACAUCACCAGCUCAAGCACUUGCGGCACGGGGCUGCUGCAAUUGCAGAACAAUCUCAGCAACAGCGAAUUGGACGUCGCUGUUGUUGGCAAACCAGAAGCAGUCGGACCCGGCACCAUACCAUCCCCGUGGCCACCAGUGAAUGCCGGUCCUCCUGGUCCCCUGGGAUCGGCAGACACAAAUGGCAGCAUGGUGGACAGUAAAAACUUGGAUGUUGGCGAUAUGAGCGAUGACGAAAAAGAUUUAUCAUCCGCCGAUGCCGAGGGUGUCUGGAGUCCGGACAUUGAGCAAAGCUUUCAAGAGGCACUGUCAAUAUAUCCACCAUGUGGACGGCGAAAGAUUAUAUUAUCCGAUGAGGGUAAAAUGUAUGGGCGCAACGAGCUAAUCGCGCGUUACAUCAAAUUGCGCACGGGCAAGACGAGAACCCGUAAACAAGUCAGCUCCCAUAUCCAAGUGCUCGCCAGACGGAAACUCCGUGAAAUUCAAGCCAAAAUUAAAGUCCAAUUUUGGCAACCCGGUCUGCAGCCGAGCACAUCACAAGAUUUUUAUGAUUACAGCAUCAAGCCGUUCGCCCAGCCGCCCUAUACGCCCGGCAAGCCCUCGACGGCGGUCUCCGGUGAAAUAGAGGCUGGUAUUCCGCCCGCACAAUUGCCAUGGGAAGGACGCGCGAUUGCCACGCAGAAAUUCCGCUUGCUCGAGUUUACGGCCUUCAUGGAAAUCCAAAGAGAUGAGAUCUAUCACCGACAUCUAUUCGUACAGCUGGGCGGCAAGCCAUCCUUCUCCGAUCCGCUACUUGAGACUGUUGACAUCCGGCAAAUAUUUGACAAAUUUCCGGAGAAAUCCGGCGGUCUCAAAGAGCUUUACGAGCAGGGUCCGCAGAAUGCGUUCUACCUGGUUAAAUGUUGGGCGGAUCUCAACACGGACGUAACGACGGGCAGUGAAACGGGCGAUUUCUAUGGCGUUACAAGCCAAUAUGAAAGUAAUGAGAACAUUGAGCUCGUCUGCUCGACAAUUGUCUGCUCGUUUGGCAAACAGGUUGUGGAAAAGGUGGAGCACGAGUAUUCGCGCCUGGAAAACAAUCGCUACGUUUACCGCAUUCAGCGCUCGCCCAUGUGCGAGUACAUGAUCAAUUUCAUACAAAAGCUGAAGAACCUACCUGAACGCUAUAUGAUGAACAGUGUGCUCGAGAACUUUACAAUACUGCAAGUAAUGCGAGCGCAAGAAACGAAAGAGACACUGCUAUGCAUAGCGUAUGUGUUUGAGGUGGCGGCGCAGAACAGCGGCACCACGCACCACAUCUAUCGCCUUAUAAAGGAAUAGCAUGAGCUGCAUGAAGCAGCGCCCAAUCUGUCCGCGUUACCCACCAAUGCACAAAUCAGCGAAUACAGCAACAACAACAACAACAACAACAACAACAACAGCAACAACAGCAACAGUAACAGCAACAAUACGAGUAGAACCC